GGGUCUCAGUGACAUAUACGGAACUGCACGUCACACCCGCUGGCAGAACCCGGUGGCGGCAGGAGAAGGGCUGGAAGGUGCAAGGUGCGUCCACACAGACAGUGUACUUGACUAGAGAGCACAAUGUCAUGGAUAAAAGAAGGGGAACUGUCCAUCUUGGAGAGAUUCUGCUCCAACGUGAUAAAGGCAGGCCCAAUGCCCAAACACAUAGCAUUCAUCAUGGAUGGCAACCGGCGUUAUGCUCAAAAGCAUAAAGUGCGGAAACUGGAAGGACAUUCACAGGGAUUUGCAAAACUGGCACAGACACUGCAGUGGUGCUUGAGCUUGGGUAUCCGUGAAGUCACAGUUUAUGCUUUUAGUAUUGAAAACUUCAAACGACCCCAGGAAGAAGUAGAUGGCCUAAUGGAAUUAGCAAGGCAAAAAUUUACCCGCCUUCUAGAAGAACAAGAGAACUUGGAGAAGCAUGGUGUAUGUGUCCGAAUUGUCGGGGACCUGCCCCUCCUGCCACAAGAUAUUCAGGAAUUAAUCGCCAAGGUGGUGUUGGCAACAAAGCACUUCAAUACGUGUUUUUUGAACAUUGGCUUUGCAUACACAUCAAGAGAAGAGAUCAGCAACGCAGUGAAAGAGAUGGCCUGGGGUGUUGAAGAAGGGCUGCUUCAACCCAGUGAUGUGUCAGAAUCACUAAUUGACAAAUGCCUCUACACCUGCAAAUCUCCCCAUCCAGACAUCCUGAUAAGAACUUCCGGAGAGGUCCGGCUUAGCGAUUUCAUGCUCUGGCAGACAUCCCAUUCAUGCCUGGUGUUCCAAUCUGUGCUGUGGCCAGAAUAUUCUUUCUGGAAUUUAUGGGAGGCUAUCCUACGGUUCCAGAUGAACUACAAUGCUUUGCAGAAAGCCAGAGAUCUGUACAUGGAAGAAAGGAAGUGGCAGCAGAUGGAAAGUGACAAGGCAAUUGUAUUGGAGAAGCUGAAAGAGGAAGACUCCGCAUCCUGUGCAGAUGCUCAGAAACGGCGGAUGCUCUUGCAAGAAUUCAGAGCUAAACGGGAAGAGAGAAUCCAGGGGUUUUUGCAGGCCCUGGAAAACAAAAGAAUGGACUUCCUAGAAAAACUGACAAUGGUAUCUGCAUGAUGAAAAGGACAUUGUAGGGCUGAGUGGGGGUGGUGGAUGAAGGGGAAGAGGGGGAAAAGAGAGCCAAGUUAACAAAUAGUUCAGGUGCUACUCACUUGAUCAUGGAAUCCUGUUUUUGUGUGUUUUCAGUAGACAUAUACCAGUCUUUGCUUCAGGGUUGGGAACCCAUGUCCCUUCAGAUGUUUUUGGACUACAUCUCCUAUCACCCCUGACUAUUGGCCAAGUGGGCUGAUGGGAGUCAGAGAACUAGUUGUUUCCCCCCACUCCCUGAGCUACCUUUUUAAUAUUUCUAGUUAUCAUCCAAACUGUGGUUGGGAACAUGGUACCUGAAAUGAGUUUAUGGCUUCCUCUGUUUAAUUCAACAAAAGAUCUUGUGCUGGCUAUUGGUUAAGAAAGGACAGCACUAAGACAGUCUUUGUGGGAAGACUUGCAGUUGUUCUGCUUUCCCAAAGGGCAGAAUUUCCAUGCGACAACUUGAAAGACUUUGAAAACUUUGCAGAAUUCUAAAAAACCACUUGCUUUAGAGAGCAGGGAAGCUGCAGCUGAGGGAGAGGGAGCCUGUUGCAUGCUGAGAUGAGGGCAAUGUCUGUUGUCUAGAGCUGCCUGUUUUCUCCUAGUUGGGAGACAGGCUGUGCCCUCCUGUUGUUUAUAGUCUUGCACCAGUUUGAAGGAUCAAGAUGUAUGCAUCUCUGCAGGGGCACACAUUUGUCCCACUGGCUUCAAUCUUUUGGUACAAACUUCCUCCUGUUUGGCUCCAUACAUGCUUCAGAGCUUUGGGCAGACAGCUUUGGGCUGGCCACAGUCUAACCUGUUCAUAGUGUAUCUAAUGCAGCAUGUUUUGCUGGAUUUUUAAGGUGGUGUUUUAUUUUUGAAUACAAAAAUAUAUAAAAUAAAAAAUAUUCUCUCUAAAACAAAAUGAGAAAACCCACCACCAAUGAAAAAACAUAUUCAGUAUAUGGGGUACAGCUGUGAAGAUGAUUAAAACCUCAAGCUGUGAAUAAAGCAGUUUUGUAAGAGUCAUCUUCAAAACCAAGUGGAUGGUUAUUAAAAGUUGCCAUUCCAAGGCUAAAUGAAACCAAAGCCAGAAGGAGUGCAGUUUAAUGACUUUCUGCAUUUCAUUCUAAAUUUGUGAGAAUGAGGCACUGUCAGGGGGCUGAUGUAAUUCAGCAAACUGCUUGGAAGUUGCAUCCUUUUUGAUGCAAGUAGCUAAAGCUACAGUCACAAGAACGUGGUGAUGACAUCAUGGGAACUUUUCCUCAAGCAGUGGUUUUACCUUUUGUGGUGAGCUGCAUCUGUGCAUUUUCAGUGUUUGGAAAUGGCUUUUAAGUAUGAUCUCUAAUACUUGAAAGUCUCACCUGCUUCUUGUAUGAUGUAUAUGUGUAGGAACAGCCUAGUUAUGUGGUGUGUCUCAGACAGAAAAUCAUAUAUUAGUAAAAGUCUCUACUGCAUUAAAAACAAACAGGAUAACAUGUUGAAAAAGGUGAAUGGCAUAUUCUGUGAGAAUUAUGCCUUUACAUGAAAGGUACUGCAGAACAUGAAUGGGAGGAGCUGUUGCAUUUAUGCUGUGUUGAGUUUCUCGUGGACACCUGUGCAAACAGAAUGCUGGAUAGGUGUUUGUCCUAAGCACAGCUCUUCUUAUGUUGCAUCAAUCUGAAUGAAAGUUCCACUGUGUCCAUGUGGUUUUGAAGUAGAUGCUGGGUAUUCCAAGCCUUUCUAGUAAGUGUAUGCAGAGAAGCAUCCACCAAUGGAACUGAUGUGGUAUUGCUUCGCAAGUACUUCCUAUGGGUUAUUUACACAAAGGUCUACCUGUGUAGCUGGUUUUGUGAUUCUCUUCUGUAUUGGGCAAAACACAGUAGGACAAAAAGGCGCAGGAGCAUCCAAAGCUGGGCUAAACUAUGUCAGACCCUUGAUACCUCUACCCGAGUAUUGUCGAUCCUGACCAAAAGAAGCUGUUUGGUUUUCAGGCAGGCCUCUUCCCUAGCCCUAGCUCAUGAUGGAACGCAAGACUUUCUGCAUGCAGAGUAUGUACUCAGUCUUCCAGAGACAGGCCCUCCCAGGUGGUGAUGGCUGUGCAGCAUUACAAAUGGCACUCCAGGCUGUGUCCACUUGCUAGUUGCCUACUUUAUUAAUAGACUGCAUUUUUUAAUUCAUGACCUAUUAGAAACCCUAAGAUGGCUGCGUGAAACACCAUCUUAUAUAUAGUACAGUUUGACAAGCACUACAUGCUGCUCUGUGGCAAACUAAUCCCCUCAAAUACUACCUACCAGUUUGUGGUAUCCAAUUCUGUGAAGUCAUUUGAGCAGUGGAUUGUUGUGCUAUUUGAUGCACACAUGCAUACGCGCGCACACAUACACACACAAAAGGAUUGGGCCAUGAGAUAAAGUUUGCUUUGUUGUAAAAUACAUUAGAGGUGGGAAGACGUGGCACAUAAAAUUUCCUGUUUCGAGUCAUAAUUUUUAGAAAUGAUUACAUUGUCACUGAGAAGUUUUCUGCAUAAACCUGGGAUAAAUAAAAUACAAAUCAUGGAACAGCA